AUGCCUCCCCCGCCGCCAUCGCCGCCGCCCGCGGCGCCGCCCGCGCCCUCCCCGAGCCCGUCCCGGGCCGCGGCCGCCGCCGACAUGGUGCGGGGAGGCUGCGGCGAGAGCGCCGCUGUCGGGAGAGCCGAGCGCUCGAUCCAGGCUGGAGCAAUAGAGCGCCGAGAGCGGGGGCGAGGGGACGUUCCCGGGGCCGUUCCCGGGGCCCCUCACGGCGACAUCCGCGGGGGCUUCGGCGGGGGCCGCGGCGCCCCCCGAGCCCUCGGCGAAGCUCCGGGCGCCGUGCGGGCUUGGCGCGAGCGUCGCGAGCGGCGGCGCGGCGCGGGCGGAACGUUGGUGCGCGAGCGGAACGUUGGUGCGGCGGCCCCGCGUUUCCCGGGCCGCGGCGGGAGGGCGGGACCAAAAUGGCGGCGCCCAGCGCCGGGGGAGCGGCGGCGGCGGCGGCGGGCGGGAGCCGAGCGCGGCCCGGCCCCGUCACCCCCCGGCAGAUCCGCGACCUCAUCGACGGCGGCAUCGCCUCCGAGGGGCCCGCGCCCGGAGGACAAGGAGCGCUGUGAGGAGCUCAGGAAGGCCCUGAGCACUGCCCACGAGAAGUUCUGCUUCUGGCCAGACAGCCCCUGCCCAGAUCGCUUUGCCAGGCUGCUGGUGGACGAGCCCCGCGUCCUGCUCCAGGAUUUCCUGGAUCGCUUCCAGAGCCUGUGUCAGCUCGAGCUGCAGCUGCCCUCCCUCAAGCCAGAAGACCUGAAAAACAUGUCCCUGACAGAGGAGAGGAUCUCUCAGCUCCUGCAGCUCAUCGGGGAGGAGCUGGAGCACAAAGGAGCAGAGGCAGAGAAGCCUCCUGGGAAGUUCUCCACGGAACUGCUGCAGGUGCAGGUUCCUGCCUGCGUCCUGGCGCUGUGUGGCUGGACCUGCAGUGCUGCCUCGGGCUCCAUGAACCUCCCGGUGAUCACCUGCUCCCGCUGCAUGAGGAAGGUGGGGCUGUGGGGCUUCCACCAGCUGGAAUCUGCCGCAGCUCCAGAGCUGGAUUCCUGUGGCUCCAGCAGCACCGCCCCGGCUGCUCCCGAGCGCUUCCCGCCCGUCCCCACGUCCCCACGCAGGAUGCUGACACGGAGCCAGGACCCGGGGUCCGAGCAGCACGAGAAGAGCCCAUCCCCCGCCGUGGCCCGCCCGCGGGGCUGGGAUUCCCCCAGCUCCAUGGACAGGGGCGAGUUGGACGUGAGCAGCCCCGCGCUGCGCAGCCGCCCCGUGACGCGCAGCAUGGGCCAGGGGGACACCAUGGAGGUGCCCUCCAGCCCCGCGCGCAGGGCCAAGCGCGCGCGCCUCUGCUCCUCCAGCGGCUCGGACGCUUCCUUGAGGAGCUUCUUUCACCCCAGCUCUCAGCACCGCGAUUGGUGUCCCUGGGUGAGCGCUGGCGAGGCAGAGGAGUCCCUGGAGGGUGCUGAGAAGGAGCCUGGGAAAGCUGAGCCAGGCUGGCAAGCGGUGCUGAAGAGGCUCCUUGGCACCCAAAAAUGUGACACAGUGCCCGACACAGAGCUGGUGAGCCUCUCGGAGAAAUCCUGCAAGGUGUUCCGCAUUUUCCGCCAGUGGGAGAGCAUCAACUCCUCCUGAGCCCGUGGAGGGCAGCGGGGGGAGAGCCCCAGAGCCCUGGUGGCUCCUGCAGCAGCUCCGUGCCCCGGGCAGGGCACCCAGGGGGGCUCCGUGCCCGCGCUGCCACCCCUUCCCUGGCAUCCUUCAAACUGCUGCUGUGUCCCUCCCCGGGGCCUGAGGGGUGACAAGGGGACACUGUCACCUCCCCAUGGCCCGGGAGUGACGCCAGGUGGGAAUAAACAUUUCAUUUUUGUUGUU